ACGCAGGUCAAGGAAUUGUAGAGACUGCAGGCGAGAUUGACUCGAAUCGGAGAAGCGCAGGCAGGCGCCAUUGAAAUGAGAAAGCGCCGAAAGCCCGGGAGGUUGAGAGCAAGAGAGGUCUCCGAUGGUAAGCGGAAGGAGAAGCGUUCAGCUCGCCGGAGUUGCCUGAGCUCAAAAUCAACGGUUUCUUCAGCAGACGUGGAAUUGAGUUGGGUUACCUUCAAACAAUUUUUUAUUGAAGAUGGCUUCUCCAGAGCUACUCCAUUUCAUCAGGGGCCAUAAACUCAAUCAUGUCAUGCUGAAAAAGUUGGAAAUGAUAUUAAACUCUGUGUGUGGAGUGCUUGAUGAUGCAGAAGAGAAGCAGAUUAGCAAGCCAUCCGUGAAGAGGUGGCUCGACGAUCUCAAAGACGCAACACUUGAAGCAGAUGACUUGUUGGAUGAAAUCUCUUAUGAAUUCAAGCGGUUGGAGUUGGAGCCUUAUUUGGGAACUCAGUCCACCACCACUGCAGAGAAGGUGCGAAACUUCAUCACUCAGCGUUCUUUCAGAGAUAGCACUAACACGAAGCUGAGAGGUAUUCUUGCAACGCUGGAAGAUUUGGUGAUGCAGAAGGAUGUCCUUGGUCUGAUAGAAGGAAUUGAAAGAAAACCAUCGUCUCCAAAUAGAGCGACCACUUCUCUGACUGACGGAUCAACUGUUUAUGGUAGGGAGAAUGACGUGGAGGCCAUAAUUCAGUCUCUCCUAUCAAAUGUAACAACAGGUGGUACUAAUGGUGAUGUUGGUCUGAUUCCAAUUGUGGGUAUGGGUGGAAUUGGUAAAACCACCAUCGCCCAGCUUCUCUACAAAGACAACAGAGUCAAAAGGUGGUUUGAACUCAGGGCGUGGGUAUGUGUUUCGGCGGAGUUCGAUGUCUAUAAGGUGUCAAAGGACAUUCUUGAAGAAGUAUGUGGGAGGAGUUCCGGUAGCACAACUCUCAAUCAACUUCAACUCGGGUUGGGGAAGGCAUUUGAAGGCCAGAGGUGUUUGCUUGUUUUGGAUGAUGUUUGGCAUGAUAAGUGUGCCGCUGACUGGGUGAACUUGCUUAAACCCUUGCAGUCCAUGGCACCUGGAAGUACGAUAAUUGUAACAACCCGAAGUCAUAGUGUAGUUUCAGUUCUUCGCACUGUGCCAACUAUUAAAAUGCUUCCACCUCACAAUCUACAGAACUUAGAUGAUGAGGAUUGUUGGUCUCUGUUUGCUAAGACUGCUUUUGAUGGUGGGUAUUCAAGUGUGAGGAGGGAAGACUUGGAAGGGAUUGGCAGGGAAAUAAUGAAGAAAUGUAAUGGCUUGCCUUUAGCUGCAAAAACACUUGGUUGUCUUCUUCGUGCUGAUGCAGAUGUAGACAAAUGGCAGAAUAUUUUGAAGAGCAACAUAUGGGAUUCAACAAGUGAUGACAGCAUUCUUCCAGCACUAAUCUUGAGCUAUCGCUAUCUUCCAUUUCAUCUAAAACCUUGCUUCGUGUACUGUGCAAUAUUCCCCAAUGACUAUGAAUUUGAGAAGGAAGAAUUAGUUCGUUUAUGGAUGGCUGAGGGUUUCGUGAUCCAAUCAAAAGGAAGCAGGGAAAUGGAAGACACUUGUUCUGAGUACUUCAACGAUCUUGUAUCAAGAUCAUUUUUCCAACAAUCAAGUGAACAUCAGUUGUGCUUCAAAAUGCACGAUCUUAUACAUGACCUGGCCAAAUAUAUUGCUGGAGAAUUUUGCUAUAGAAUGGAGGAUGCCAAAUCAUUCAAGGUUGCCGGAAGAACUCGGCAUCUAUCAUAUGCAAGGGCAGAACUUGGCACCAGUAUCAUAUGGGAGGGCAUACAUAAAGCUAAACAUUUGAGGACCUUGUUGCCAAUAGAUUGGUCGAAAUGGUGCAGUUAUGAAACCGAAUCCAUGGAUGAGAAGGUACUCCAAAACAUAUUCUUGAAACUUACACGACUGCGGGUGCUAUCUUUAUCAGGUUAUAGAGUCACCAGGUUGCCUGAUGCAAUUGGUGACUUGAAACACUUGAGAUAUUUGAAUUUCUCCCUAGCAGUGUUCCACAAGUUGCCUGAUUCACUCUGUAGCUUGUAUAAUUUGGAAAUUCUAAUUUUGCACAAGUGCAAAAACAUUCAGGCUUUGCCUGAUAUGAUUGGAAAACUGAAGCAACUGCAGAUUAUGGAUAUCAGUGGAACUCAAAUUAGGAGACUUCCAGAUUCUUUUAUCGGUUUAGUUAACUUAUGUAGCCUAGAUGUUACAGAAACUAUGCUGCAGGAGAUGCCACUAGAAAUGAGUAACUUGGCAAACCUCCGGAGUUUAACUGACUUUGUUUGUGGAGCUCAUAGAGGUUCUGGUUCUGGUAUUAAGGAGAUGGGGGGCCUUCAACAUCUCUCGGGAACACUUCGAAUAUGGAAUCUCCAAAAUGUCACAGAUUAUCGAUCUGCUUUUGAAGCUAGUUUGAAGACGAAGAUGCACAUCAGCAGAUUGGAGUUGAGAUGGAAUGGAGAUACCGAUGAUUCAUUACAUGAAAGGGCCGUGUUGAAGAACUUGCAGCCACAUAUGAACUUAGAGAAUCUAUUGAUUGAAGGUUAUGGAGGAACAAGUUUUCCGGGCUGGGUUGGACGUUCUUCCUUCACACAUUUACUAUCUCUGGAACUUAAUGGGUGUAAAUACUGCUCCUUCUUGCCACCACUCGGGCAGUUAACAUCUCUCCGGAAGCUAUCCAUCAAAGCAUUUAUGGAGGUUGUCACGGUGGGUCCCGAGUUCUAUGGCACCACCAAAAUCCCAUUUGGCUCCCUCAAAACUUUGAUAUUUGACCAGUUAACUGAAUGGACCGAGUGGAUUCCUUAUGAUGGAGGUCAGGCAUUCCCAGUCCUUGAGGAACUCUUCAUCAGACACUGUCCCAGCCUCGGGAAAAGCCUCCCUUCCCACUUUUCCUCUCUAGAAAGACUUGAGAUAAGAGGAUGCCAGGAGCUCAGAUUAGCUUCAGUUCCAUGGGCUUCAAACAUAAUCUCAAUGAGAUUGAAAGACGAUUAUCGUGAUGUAUGGCUCGAGAUGCUGACACCCGGAGUUCACCGUCUCAGAGUUCAAGUUGCCCAGGAUUUGCUAGACGACAUGGAGUUGGUUCUCGAUCUCUCUAAUACUCUGCGAGAAAUUAUGGUUAGAGACUGCGACUCAAUUCGAUACAUGCCGCUGGAGUUUUUCCCCAAAUUGAAAGUUGUUUCAGUCAAUGGAUGCCAAAGCUUAGUAUCCCUUUGGAGACCUGAUACUGCAAAAACAUCGGACAGUUUAGAACAUCUGAAGUUCCUAGAGAUUUCAAAGUGCCCUAGUUUCAUCUCAUUUCCUGUGGGAAGGUUAAAUGCCCCUAAUAUGACCCAGCUCAUAUUGUGUGAUUGCACAAGCUUAAAGUCUCUAGCCGAACCUAUGCACUCUCUUCUCCCAUCACUAGUGGAGCUCUUCUUGGAUAACUGCCCAAAGCUGGAGUCUUUCCCUGAAGGUGGUUUACCCCGGAAUUUAGAGACUCUGAACAUUAAUGGCUGUGACAAACUCAUAGCAGGUUGGAGGAAGUGGAACUUGCAAUUGUUGUCAUCUCUUUUGAACCUCGUCAUUGGUCAGAAUGAAGAAUUGGAAUCUUUGCCCCUGGAGAGAAUUCUGCCAUGCUCUCUGAAUUCUCUGAAAAUCAGGAAUCUACAGAAUCUGCGAUCUCUGGGAGAAGGCCAACAUCACAUCUCUAUCAAGAAGCUCGAAAUCAAGGACUGUCCUCUGUUGGAAUCUUUUUGCAUAGGCGGUCUCUUCCCGUCACUGGUGUCGCUUGAAAUCAAAGGCUGUGACAAGCUCAUAGCUGGACGAACUGGGUGGCAUCUGCAAUCAAUUUGCUAUCUUGAGGAGUUACAUUUGAGUGCCAAUGAUAAUAUGGAGUCUUUUCCUGAGGAGAUGCUUCUGCCAACCACUCUUACAUCAAUCUUCUUAUGGAACCUUCCAAAUUUGUCUCGUCUCAACUACCUCAAACUCGAACACCUCACUUCUCUUAGAGAACUGAAGAGCUGGAACUGCCCCAAGCUCGAGUAUGUUCCUCCUGUCGAUGGGCUCUCCUCAUCUCUUUCAUCUCUACAUAUCAACAACUAGUAGUCCGCAACUGGAGCCAAGUUCGUUAGUUGGGAGAUUAGUCUCUGCCAGAAUGUCGAGCUUGUCAAUUGUGGAGACGCCGCCAAAGUGUGGGUUGAGUUUCGACUCUGUAAGAGGAACAAAAUGCUUUCGGGGAAGGGCGUCAAGCAUCCAAAUUAUAAGAAGACAGAACCGCCAUUGUCGGCUCGACUUUCCAGGAGGGCUGUCAUUCUUGGAGCAGAUACUAGAGCCACUUCUGGACCCUAUCGUCUGUGAUAAGAAUUGUGAGAAGAUCCAUUUUAUGGCGCCCAACAUUUACUGCUGAGGAGCAGAAACUGCUGCCGAUUCCGAGUCAGUCACAUUUCACAUAUCACACUGGUUUAGAGUCGAGGGUUAUUACAACAGUCACUCUCCUGAAGAAGCAUCUUUUCAAUUACCAAGGCCACAUCUCGGCUGCUUUGGUGCUUGGCGGUGUUGAUUGCAUUGGACCUCAUCUUCAUAUGAUAUACCCCAUGGAUCAACAGACACUUUGCUUUUUGCCACAAUGGGUUCUGGUUCUCUUGUUAAAUGGUUGUUUUCUUGGCCAAGCACAAGGAAGGCUUGAAUAUGGGGGAAUGGUUGGCUCCGCAGCGUAGGAAUAUAAUGGAUUUUGAUGUAUUAAUUACGAGAUUUGUGACUCUACUUGAAAGAUUGGAACUUAGAAUCUGAGAUUUGGGAGUUUAGUGUGUUAUCUCAAUCAAGGAUUGUCAUUUAGAGGAGAGACCUCUGAAGGACCAAUAGUUCUAGAGAUUCAUAAUAGAAAAGAUUAGGAAGUAUUUUAAAUCGAAUCGUCGUACAUAGCGCAUAUCAAUUAUCUAGUGAUAAUUAAUCCAUACUAGAUACUAAUAAAAACGAAUAAAAGGGAAGCUCCUUCCUGGUAUCGAAGUUUGAGAAGAACUUCAAAAGUUGUGUUGCCUUUUAAUUAAUAGAGUAAGCAGCUCAUCAGCUCGCCAUUCCAUGCCCUUUGGUACCAAACUGUAACCCAUUCCUGGGACCAAUCUUCUCUUCUUUCUCCAACUCCCAUGCCUCGAUCUCUCUCUCUUUCUCUUUCUCAGUUUCUUCCUCGCUGUUGCUCAGCAGCUAGUUCAUAUAUUUCACUGGGUGCUAAUCAACUUCCGAUGAAUCCCUGUUUGAUUUGAUUGCUUGCUACCGGUUUCUGGAAACAUGUUCCCACCAUUGCUGAUCUUGUUCAUCCUCUGUAACACUCUUCACCUCUCAACUUGCCAUUCUCAGUCUCCUCCUCCACCUUCACACUGCAACGAGACAUGCGGGGAACUCUCGAUUCCUUUCCCCUUCUUCCUCUCGAACUCCUCCUGCGCUGCUUCUCCUUCAACAACAGCAGCAUUCCCUCUCACCUGCUCCAACUCCACCACGCUUUUCCUCACCAUCAACUCCGACAGAUACAGAGUCCUCCAGUUUUUCCCGGACGGUGUCCUUGUAGAUUUCCCUGCAUCCACUUGCCGCCAGUACUACAACCUCAACGCCUUCCCCUUCGCCGGGAACCGCUACUUCGGCAUAUCGGAAGAGAACGUCGUCGGGCUAUACGAUUGCGACGAUUCCUCGCUGUGCAAGCCUGGUUGCGAGACUACAGAUUACCCCGGCUGCGACGGGGACAGCAACGGCUCCCCUGCUUGCUGCUACCCUCUCUCCGAUCGCAGUUCCUGGGAUUUGGGAGAUGGGUUCAGUGUCUUCUCCAAGUUUGGAUGCAGGGGAUUCACCUGCUGGGUCGUCCCUAGAGGGGCUGGCGUUGGGAAGCGCGGGGUCAAAUUGGAAUGGGCUCUCCCUGGCAAUUCGUCGAGCAGGUUGUGUGCGUCCGAUGCGGAUACGGUCAAUGCCACCACUGUCCAAAGCGGGCUAAGGUGCGAGUGCCGAGACGGGUUCGUCGGCGAUGGAUACGCCGGCGGCUCAGGUUGCUUGAAAACUUGCGUUAAGGAUGGCCGAGAAGCUCGUGGCGGCGACUGCUUGACCAGACGGCGGAGCGGGAAGAUGGUCUCCAUUUUAGCCGGAGUUCUGGGACCAAUAUUCGUCGUUGCGACGUUAACUGCGUUGCUCUGCCUGCUAAAGCGUCCUACAAACGGCGGGACGUACGAGCCAAACAAGGACAAAUUGCAGAACACCUUGUCCUUCAGAAAGCCCUGGACGACCCGUUCCUUCACCUACAGGGAGCUGGAGGAAGCUACCAAAUGCUUCGACGACGGCCAGAAGCUGACCGACGCAACUUCGAGCGGUGAAAUCUACGCCGGGCUGCUCGCCGACGGCUCGCCGGUGGCGGUUCACAAGGUGGAAUGCCGGGACCAGCGAGAUCUGAGCCAGGUCCUCUCGCGAAUCGAAGUGAUCUCCGCCGUCUUCCACCGAAACAUGGCUCGAAUCAUCGGCUGCUGCAUCGACUGCGGCUACACCCCGCUGGUCGUCUACGAGUUCCCAGGGAACGGCACCGUGGAGGAACACUUGCGCCGCCGCGAAGCCGGCGGCCUCGACUGGUACCAGAGGCUGAGCAUCGCCGCGGAGACGGCGAGCGUGCUCGCCUUCCUGCAGCAGGAAGUUUCUCCCCCGAUUUUCCACCAUAAUCUCAGAUCCGCGUGCCUGUUCCUCGACGAUUGCCACUCGGUCCGGGUCGCCGGCUUCAGGCUCCACAUCGGAUCCGAGAUCGGCGGCGGGGGGAUUGUCCACCGGAGCGACGUCUACGAGUUCGGUUUGUUGCUGCUGGAGAUGGUGGCCGGGACGAAGAGCAGGGAGCUGCCGGCGGCGGCGUUGCAGAGGAGCGGGAAGGUGGAGGAGAUUGUGGAUCCGAAUCUGUACUACCACGAGCAAACGGCGUUCCGGCGGGAGCAGAUCGAGGCGGUGGCGGAUCUGGCGACGAGGUGCUGGCUGUUCGGCCGGGAAGGGAAGAUCGGGAUGGCGGAAGUUGCGAAAGAGCUGGUUCACAUCGCCAAGGAGAGCGGCGACGGCGGAAGCAGGAGAGGGCCGGCGCUGGAGGAGACAUUCUCCAAUUCCAGCUUGCUUCAGAUGAUUUCCAUGUCUCCCGAUUCCAUUUAUGUGCACUAAGUCUUACUCGUAUCGUCAUCCAUGGGUCCGCCCUCCGCCGCCUGCCUGCUACUUAUUUUCUUUGUUUCUUCACUUUGAUCAGUAAUGUACAGCAACGAUUUGAGGGUUGUUGAGGCCUGAGGGUCACUUUUAAGUCAGGCUCGCAAAUGAUCCAAAUUAAAGCCGAGUUUGAUAUAAUUUGAGCUCAAUUCGUUAAUAAAUACUUUAUAGUUUCAA